UUAUUUUUUUUAAGAGGAACCUACAUUUUACCUUGUCUCUCAAUUACUCCCCUCUCUCUCUCUCUCUUCCUUCCACCCUCCUCCUCUUCUAUACUUCGCACACAUGGCUGUUGCACAUGCAACAUAUUCCCCUCCAUCCACAUGGAGUUCGUCUGACAGACACCAUGUAGCGGUCGACAAAGACAUCGUUAAAUCAAAUCAGCCCACUCCCGCCUCCAGUAUGUCUAGUCGUUCAAGUACCCGAUCUUCCGAAUACAUCAGUGGAAACGAGAGCUAUCGAUCAAAACAAGAUGCCAAGUCCAGUAAGCUGAACAUUGGAAUGGUUGGCAAAAAAUUGUUUCAACACUCUGCCAAGCCUACAUCGGAUUUGUCUCCAAAUGGAUAUUCCUUACCGAAAGUGAAAGCAAGAAGCCCCGCCAGCUCAGUCAAAAGUUCCAAUACCACCAGCCUCCUCAAAAAAUAUGGAACAUGUGACAAACGAUCCUGCAUCGGUCGCGGAGCCACUGCAGUCGUUCGACUUGUACACAAGAUGGAUCGCAAAGAUAGUUCCGACAAGCUUUAUGCUGUUAAGGAAUUCCGAAAAAGAAGAAAGAAUGAAACUGAAAAAGAAUACAUGAAGAAACUGACCGGCGAGUUUUGCAUCAGUUCCACGUUUCAACACCACAAUGUCGUCCAGACCAUUGAUCUCGUUUUGGACGACCAGCAGCGAUAUUGUACCGUUAUGGAAUAUUGCCCUGGUGGAGACCUGUAUUCUGCUAUCAAGGCGCAAAACAUGGACCUUACCACCAAGGAAUGCUGCUUCAAGCAAAUGAUCAACGGCGUUGCCUACUUGCAUUCCAUGGGUGUCGCUCACAGAGAUUUAAAACCUGAAAAUCUCUUGCUGGAUGCCACUGGCUGUCUCAAGAUUUGUGAUUUUGGCGUAUCAGAUGUCUUCCGCAUGUGCUGGGAGCGCAAGCCUCAUCUUUCUUCCGGCGUUACUGGCUCUGAGCCUUACAUUGCUCCCGAAGUGUUUGCUCAAAAAGAGUACGAUGCCACCAAAGUGGACGUCUGGUCCUGCGCUAUUGUCUUCCAUUGUAUGCUUUUCGACGGUAUUCCUUGGCGCAUUGCCAAGAAAGACGAGACCAACUACCAUUUAUUCCUUAAAACUCGUGAAAACCAAUCCUACGAUACAUUCAAGACAUUGGCUCCAGAAUGCAAGUCCCUACUGUACCGUAUGCUGGACAUCAACCCUAGCACCCGUAUCUCUAUGGCAGAAAUUCUGGAAGAUCCUUAUUUUAAAUCAAUCCAAACAUGCCGAAAUGGCUUUGACAACUUGCACCAGGAACAUCGCCAUGUCAGCCCCUCCUGCAUUUCGUCUACUGCACAUAGAAAGUAGAUAAUCCCCCUCCAUUAUACCCCUCCAGUUCAACUGAGACAAUCAAUCUCUCCUUUGUUAAUCACCCAAGAUCUUUUAUGCUUUUUGUUCCAUUCCUUCUCUUUCUAUGUACAUAAUUAGCUUUUACAUUUUCGUUUCCUACACUAUGCUGGUUCAUAAUAAGAAUUUUUUGCAUUA